AAAGCAUGCUGGGCUCGGGGGGGUCCCGCUGGAGUGACUCCUUCCUCACCUCGUGGUUCCCGCGUAACCGUCGCUGCUGGGAGUUCUUGCUGGUAUUUUUCUCCUUUUGGGGGAUUAAACGUUAAGUACCACCAGGUUUGAGUGCUGUUUUAAGUAUCGCGCAGCUGCAAGCUAGGCAACAGGAUCUGCGCUCUAGAGCCUUUGCUGCUGCCCCGCGGUUCGUGCAUCCUCCGAACAAGAUGGCCGUUGCUUGAGUGGAACGUAUAAACCCGACCUGGUGGUGGUUUUAUAUCUAGCCAGCUGGCAGCCAUGAACGAAUGGAUGAGGAAAGGCCCCUUAGAAUGGCAAGAUUACACGUACAAAGAAGUCAAAGUGACUGCCAGCGAGAAGGAGUAUAAAGGAUGGGUUUUAACCACAGACCCAGUUUCUGCCAAUAUUGUCCUUGUGAACUUCCUGGAAGAUGGCAGCAUGUCUGUGACUGGAAUUAUGGGCCAUGCUGUGCAGACCGUUGAAACUGUGAACGAAGGGGACCACAGAGUCAGAGAGAAGCUGAUGCAUUUGUUCACGUCUGGAGACUGCAAGGCCUACAGCCCUGAGGAUCUGGAGAAGAGAAGGAAUAGCCUAAAGAAAUGGCUCGAGAAGAACCACAUCCCCAUCACAGAACAGGGAGAUUCACAAAGGACUCUGUGUGUGGCUGGGGUUCUGACUAUAGACCCGCCCUAUGGUCCAGAAAAUUGCAGCAGUUCUAAUGAGAUUAUUCUGUCCCGUGUUCAGGAUCUUAUUCAAGGACAUCUUGCAGCUUGCCAGUGAGAAGCGAAGAAUUGUGGAUUCAUCGAUUAAAAUAACACUUCAUUUUUAUUUUUUCCUUCAUAAAAUGUUUUGAAUGUUAAAUCUACCAUAUUAUAAGACUUUAAAGCCACACAGUUGAGUGUGUGUGUGUGUGUGUGUGUGUGUUAAUUUUCUGUUGUUUUGGAAAAAUCAAGUGGAUUUGGCUGUGGAUUAUAAGUGUUAAUAAAUAAGCGAACUAUGGCAA